AUGGGUUCAUCGGACCAAAAAGCCCCUCGAGCGGCUUAUGUUUACGAAGUGGAUGAAGAGGGACGGCCCGUUGGCGGCACGAAGCGUAGUGCCAGGAGGAAGGAAGAGAAACCGACUGUGUCGCACCGGAAGAGUGAUGACAAAGAGAAGAAGAGGCAAUCCAGGAACGAUUCGGGUACGGGGAACCCAUAUGAGGAGAUGAUGCCGGGUGCAAGACAUGAGGAAGCUCUGGCUCAGAGGGAGAUCAGGGUGGAGCGACUACGAAGCAGCGCGUCGUCGCCAACUAAACAGAGGAGGCCGUCGUCUUCCCAGGAGAACAAGUAUGCUUCAAAACCGAAGGUCUCGAAUGCGAAGAUUGACCAAGCGUCGUAUUAUGGAAUUCCUGCGCCCAAAGAGAAUGCGUCGACGAUCGUUGCGCACCCUAUCCCUUUUCGUCCUCGAGCCCACUCAACCCACUCGACGCAGGCUCCCCCUCCCAGACCUGCUAGCUAUUAUUCAGCACAUUCGAAUGCUGGCUAUGGCACCGGCCCUCCGCUAUCGAGUUCGGCGUACUGGCAGCCACCGCCAGCAUUGCCAGCGCCCACGCCAUCAUAUCCUCCGCCCUCUCCAUCCUCCUACAUGUCAUACCCUGUUUUCCCUGCAGACCACUACCUACCUCAACCCCUACCACAGCCUACCACAACCAGGUCAUUAUCAAAAAGAUUUGAAAGGCUCGACCCGGUCCAACGAACCACCUCGGCAUACGGUGUUCGUGACACAGUUAUUCAACAACAAUACCAAGACGAUGGCUAUGCAUCUGCAACAGAGGGAUCAAGCGGGAGAAUACGAGCAAGCAUACGGGAGCCAACCUCCCGAAGCAUCGUUCGCAGUAAAGCUGAGAGGGACUUAGAGGCUAUGCCACCUCCACCAAGACCAUCGGGUAUCCUACGCCUAUCAAGAGAAUAUCAUCCUGACACACCUGCGGCACCUGAACUCCCAGCCAUGUACCAGGAAGACGGACCUCGCCUUCGCCGCCCCAGCGUAAAUCGCCACUCGGUGUCCUACGAUUUCGGCGACCAGCGCAUCGAACCCGCAAGCAGUGGUCGUCGGCGUCAAAGCUACUACGGACAAUCUGCCUCGGCUGCCUCAGGCGAAACAAGCGAAACAGGCGGGUGGGAAGACAAGGCCGCCCAGGCAGCUUCGUAUCAAGAAGAUGUGGGCGGAGCUACUGUUCCUUUGACGGCUGAUAUGCUCCGUCGCCAACGACACCAACACCAGGAGGGCUCCUCCCGCUCCACGAAGUCCUCCGACUCACGUGACGAUUCUGAGUACAGAAAGUCUGCCACUACGCGCACAACUCGCAGUGUCUCCUCGCCUGACGAUGAAAAUGUUACCAUAAAGGUAACAGGCCAAGCUAGAGUCCUAGUCGGCGGAGCACAGAUUGAUUGUAAUGACGGCGGCGAGAUUGAGAUCAAGAGACAGAGAAGCAUCAAGGGUGGCUCUGAAUGGUCGAGCUCGGAAUAUGGAACUGAUCCGCGACGGAUCGAUGAUCGGUACAGCAGGAUUGAUAGGCCUGCCGGAAAUUCGAGGAGGAGCUCUCAAUCGAGACACUCAUAUACACGGCCCUCCCCUCAAUAUCCCAUGGGCAAUUUCAUCUGA